AAUGUUGACCUGUUCACUAAGGAUAUGGUGAUUUUCCCCAUCUGUCAGGAGUCCCAUUGGUUUUUGAUCAUAGCGGUCAAACCAGGACUCAUCCAGAAGCCUGAUGAUCCCGAGGAGAGGUUGACCAGAGGUGACCCUUUCCUAAUCCUGCUGGACAGCAUGGGAGGAUACAAGGAGAAAGCUGUAUCUAUUAUAAGACAGUGUCUAUCCUGCGAGUGGAAAGCAAAGCGUGGUGGGACGGAAACCUUCUCUGCUCGUGAGAUAAAACUGAUGAAGCCCAAUAAACCGGAACAGGAUAAUUUUACUGACUGCGGGGUCUUCCUUCUACACUACGUAGAGAAGAUUUUUUGUUCUGUUGUCCAGUUUGACUGGUCUAAGCUUCCGGACUUGACGAACUGGUUUCCCAUGGAGGAAAUUCUCAAGAAGAGAUUUGAACUUGCAACCCAUAUUCAGAAUCUUGCAAGAUCGCAGAAGGGGGUGACGCAGUUUCCGGUUAUAAAACUGAACAACGGAGACCCCUCCCGCCGGAGCAAACGUCGGAAGGGUUUUAGGGCGGAGCUAGACUACGGGACGGAUUUGGAAGAGGCUUUGGAUUUACCAGGUGCAGGAGAAUUCUCAGUAGGGCACACCCCAGUUCGGGAAUCUACUUCGGCAGAGUCCACACCAGUUCGGGAAUCUACAUCAGCAGAGUCCACACCAGUUCGGAAAUCUACUUCGGCAGAGUCCACACCAGUUCGGGAAUCUACUUCGGCAGAGUCCACACCAGUUCGGGAAUCUACAUCAGCAGAGCCACAGAGUUCAAACAAACUAGAUGAUGAACUUGCGCUCGUGGGUGAUCUUGAAAACGAUGAACUGGGUUAA